AACAAAAUAUGGCGGGUUGUGCGGCGGAAAGUGGUGGUCGAAUAGAUGAAAUGCAAGAGAAAACGUAUCUUAAAGUUGUUCUUCUCGGAAAAGUUAACAGCGGAAAGACAUGCCUUGUCACUCGAUACAUUACACGGUCAUUUAGCGAGGAAACGCCAAGCACAAUUGGAGCAGCAUUUUGUAGAAAAGAUCUCUACAUUCAAGGCAGGAAUCUGUCACUAGCAAUAUGGGACACAGCUGGAGCUGAAAGGUAUCAAGCAAUGAGUGCAAUGUAUUAUCGUAGUGCUAAAGCAGCCAUCUUAUGCUAUGACCUGACAGACAGAACAAGCUUUGAUAAAGCCAAGUUUUGGGCAGAUCAGCUCAAAGCUGCAGAACCUGACUGCAGAAUCUAUCUUUGUGGAACUAAACUUGAUCUAAUAGAGGAAGCUGUGCAGCCAAGAGAGAUCCAGACAAAAACAGUGUUAAAUUAUUGUAGAGAGAUUGGUGGUGACAUGUUUGAAACAUCAAGUAAAAGAGGAUACAAUGUUGAUAAGGUUUUUGAGAGGAUAGCAGAAGAUUUUAUGAAAUCUAACAAAGCUGUUUCCUCUGGACCAAGGGGUGAUGUGCAAGUAGACAAUAGGGCAACUCCAAAAAAGUCAUGUUGUUAACAGAGGUGCAACAGAAACCUGACAACAGGGCUGGGUGGCCAGUACACACAUAUUGCAUGCCAUCAUUGUCACAGGAAAGCUGCAAGUCAGUCAAGGAGAUAUGACUACCAUUGUAACAUGCUAGGUUGAUAAAAAAAGAUUGAUGAAAUAAGUAUUAUAUAGAGUCUAUUACACGAUGUAGAAAUUGAGGUUAAGGUGAUUUUGUAAUUAGAGACAAAUGUAGUUCUUGAUUUUACCAAAUAGUUUAGAUAUCUUCAUACACACUAGAUAUGGCAAGGAACAUUUGAAGAGGUGCUCCAUGUGAUCAAAUACCAGGUUCUCUUUCCAGUUUGUCUAGUAUUUCUGUGUGAAAACAGAGUGAGGAGUUAGUGUUGCAUCAAAUGUGACUAAUACACUAUUCACAUCAGCAAAACAUGUUUUGUUAAAUUGGUUUUUACUGAAUGACAAUCAUAAACAGAGAACUAAAAAUUGAAUUUUCCAUAGGAUUCUAGUACUUGUAUUUCCAAUGUGCUACUUUUUAAGUCAAUAAAUACUAAGUUGAACAGUUUCUAUGUAGGAAAAAAAUUAAACUGUGUUUAACAAACAGCUUUAAUUUGAAACAUGUUUAAGCUUUGUUGUGAAUGAGAUAUAACUGCUUUAUUCCAUACAUUCAUUCAUUUAUCAAGCAUUCUAUUGAAAUUUCAUUUGCAGGUUUUUAAUUAAUUUAACCAUAGCUCUAUCUUUCAUCGGAUGGAAUCCAAACAUUUAACCAUAUAAAUGAAGGCUAAUAAAAAAUACAUUAAAUUUUAUACUUUUCCUUUUCAUUGUUUAGGUGAAAUUCUUAUUUGUGACCAAUUACUGAUUUAAUUAAGUUUAUUAUUUAAAGUUUUUCUCCAAAUUAAAAUCAGAAACUUAUAUCUAUUGCUGUUUACAAAUUUUCAAUAAAAAAUAUUUACAUAAAAAUUAAUGAUGCAGCAAAAAAUGAAUCAGAAAUUUUCAUGACUGGUAUGACAGUGCUUAAUUAAAUUUUCUCAGGUAAAAACAGCAUAUGAAGUCCAGUUUAAAAGUUAUGUGUUUUUUUUCAUCUCUUUACUGCCUUAAAUUUUUGGAAAAUUUAUGACAUACUUGGACCAUGAUGAGCAAUAAGACCAUUAUGUGUCUUUCUUGUUAGCAACUGAAGUCUCUUAGCCUAAUCAGAUUAAUAUAUUUUGGUCAUGACAGAUAUAGUUAUGCUUUUGCAUUCAAAUCUAUGUAUUGCAAAUGCUUCUCUUGUAUUCAAUUUAGUUAAUUUGUACUCUUAUAUGUAAAUUUUUGUGAGGUGCUUGUUGAGAGAGAUGUUCAAACAUUGGAUCUGUUUUUUUACUUAUUUUAGUUCAAAUGAAACCAUGUAAAAAUUUGUGAACAAGCACACUUUGAGAGUGUAUAUAUACAUGUACAUUCAAAAUUGAAGAUGUCUUUAUAGGGAAGGACUUGACAAUAAAAUGGAGAUGGUGAUCAGUAA